CACAUUUACACCCUAUGCUUUUGGGUUUUCCCUGCUCCUCACUAGCAUAUGAUCACACCACAAACCUGUCUUCCCGCCAUUUCUACCAUCAUCUCCUUUCCUUCCUCUUCUCUCCAGAGUGCCCAUUACACUUCCGUGGUGGGAGGGCUCCACUACCAACCGCCGUUCCUUCUCCCCCGCCAAAAACUCCGCUAAAUCCCCCGCCCAAUUCUGUUAAUUGUAAACCCUAUCAGUCUAUUGCCUUUCCCUGAGAAACCUAACCGUCAUCUAAAUGGCGGAGCCUAGGGUUUAUCCGACCAUGAGGCCGAGGAGUAUUCGUGCUGGGAUUAUCUCGAAGAUUAAGCUACAGGACUUCAUGUGCCACAGCAACCUCGAAAUCGAAUUGGGUGAUCACGUCAAUUUCAUCACCGGUCAGAAUGGAAGCGGGAAGAGUGCCAUUCUGACGGCAUUAUGCAUUGCGUUUGGAUCCCGAGCAAGAAGCACACAACGGGCUAGCACCAUGAAGGAUUUUAUAAAGACCGGCUCCAGUGCUGCAUCUGUCCAUGUGGAGAUAAAGAAUGAAGGAGAAGAUGCUUUCAAGCCUGAAACUUAUGGUGACUUGAUCAUCCUUGAGCGGCAGAUUACACAAUCAUCAACAACUACCAUUCUGAAGAACUCUCAAGGAAAGAAAGUGGCUAGCAAAAGAGGUGAACUGGACGAGCUUGUAGCUCAUUUCAGCAUUGAUGUCGACAAUCCAUGUGUAAUAAUGAGUCAAGAUAAAAGCCGGGAAUUUCUACAUUCAGGCAACAGCAAGGAUAAAUUUAAUUUCUUUUACAAAGCAACUCUACUUCAGCGGCUGGGGGAUUUGUUAAAUAAUGUUGACAGAAACCUCAACGCAGCUGCUGCUCAUGUUGGUGAGAUGGAAAGGUCAUUGGGCCCCUUACUGCGGGAACUUGAAGAAUUGGAAGCUAAAAUAAAAAGCAUGGAACAGGUGGAAGAGAUAUCCCAAGAGGUACAACUGUUGAAAAAAAAACUUGCCUGGUCAUGGGUGUAUGAUGUUGACAGGCAACUGCAAGACCAAACCAAUUUGAUUGAAAAGCUGAAUCAAAGAAUACCUACUUGUCAAUCGAAGAUAGAUCAACAGAAGUGCAAGAUGGAUGAAUUGAGUGAUCGGAUAAAAAAGAAGAAAACACAAACUCAAGAACUGAUGGCGCGGGCAUCAGAAGUUAGAAGAAUGAAAGAUGACAUGCAGCAGAGUCUUGAGAUGGCCGUGAAAGCGAGGCUUGAGUUGGAAAGCAACUUGCAGCGUAAAACCAAACAAAUUGAGAAAAUGGUUGAACGGGUGAAGGCUCUUGAGGUGCAAAUCAAUGAUAUGCAGGAGCUGCAUUUGAAAGAUACCCAGGCAGAGGCGUUAGAGAUGGAGCAAAAACUAAAGGUGAUUCAAGAUGAAAUUGAUGAAGGAAACGUGCAAAUGCAAAGAUUGGAGAAAGAAUUAGAGUCUCUACAAACAAGUGUAAUCAUGUUAAAGGAGGAGAUUGCAAGCUACACUUCACAGAUAGAAGAGAACGAAAAGAAGCAUCGUGAUUUUUGUUCCCAAAUUCGUGAUCUUCGACAAAAUCAAGCCAAUAAGGUUUUAGCUUUUGGAGGGAACAAGGUGAUCCAUCUGUUGCAGGCAAUUGAGAAGCAUCAUCGUAAAUUCCGAAUGCCACCCAUUGGUCCAAUAGGUUCCCAUCUGACAUUGGACUAUGGUGAUGAUUGGGGUAUCGCUGUUGAACAUGCUAUUGGUGGAUUGUUUAAUGCUUUUAUUGUGACAGAUCAUAGUGAUCUACAUCAGUUAAGAGCAUGUGCCAAGGAAGCAAACUACAAUAACCUCAAGAUAAUCAUAUAUGACUUUUCGCGUCCCAAGUUGAAUAUCCCUAGGCACAUGCUUCCACAUACUAAUCACCCAACUGUCCUUUCCGUGCUACAUUCUGAUAUGCCUACCGUAAUCAAUGUUUUAAUUGAUGUGGGCAAUGCUGAGAGGCAAGUGCUUGUCAAGGACUACGAUACUGGAAAGGUGGUCGCUUUUGAUCAAAGAGUUCCAAAUUUGAAGGAGGUGUUUUUAUCGGAUGGGCGUAAACUGUUUUCGCGUGGUUCAGGCCAGAGUACUCUUCCCGCAAUGAGGAAUAUUAGAGCUUCUCGACUAUCCGGUUCUUAUGAUAAACAGAUCAAUUAUCUUGAAGGACAAGCUGCUCAUGUGAAGCAGCAAGCUGAGGAGGCGCGAAAACUGAAAAGAAAGAAAGAGGAAGAGCUUCGAUUGGUUGAAAAUAACCUUAUGAAGACAAAGAGGCGAUGCAUGGAAGCAGAGCUGUAUCUGAAUUCCAAGGAAAGGGAACUGCAAGGUACCAAGAGUUUAUAUGCUUCAGAUGCAAGUGCGUCUCCUACAUCUACGAUUGAUGAGCUUCGUCAAGAGAUUGCUAAUAUUGAAGCUGAGAAAGAAGGGAGGGAAGUGGAGCUUGCAGAGGCUCAGAGAAGAAUGAGUGAAGCAGGACACAAGGCUAAUAGUCUGAAGUCUUCUUUUGAAAAGAUGUGUGAAUCUGCAAAAGUAGACAUUGAUGCGUUAGAGGAAGCUGAUCGUGAGCUUACAUUAAUUGAAAGGGAUUUCAGUGAAGCAGAAAGGAAAAAGAAAUACUACGAAGAAGUUAUGGAUGGAAAGGUCCUUCCUGAACUAAAUGCAGCAAAGUCACAAUAUCGUGAGCUUGAGGAUAUUCGUAAGGAGAGUUGUAGAAAAGCUUCCAUUAUAUGUUCAGAGAGUGAAAUCGAAGCAUUAGAAGGCUGCAUGGAGGGCAACCCUGAGCAGCUAAGUGCUCGAUUAAACAGGCUAAAUCAAAGACUUGAGCGUGAAAGCCAGCGGUUUCACGAGUCCAUUGAUGAUCUUAGAAUGUUACAUGAAAAAAAACGUCGGAAAAUUUGGAGAAAGGAGCAAACUUACAAAGCAUUUAAAGACAAGUUGAAUGUGUGCAGGAAGGCCCUAGAGUUGCGUCAAGAGAAGUUCCAGAGGAAUGCAACUCUUGCAAGGCGGGAGUUGACAUGGAAAUUUAAUGACCACUUGGGAAAGAAGGGAAUUAGCGGUAAAGUUGUAGUUAGUUAUGAGUCACAGACCCUCUCCAUAGAGGUAACGAUGCCCCAAGAUGCAUCAAAUAGAAGUGUUUGUGACACUAGAGGGCUCUCAGGUGGAGAACGUUCCUUUUCCACAUUAUGCUUUGCACUCGCUCUUCACGAGAUGACAGAAGCUCCUUUCCGAGCAAUGGAUGAAUUUGAUGUAUUUAUGGAUGCAGUCAGUAGAAAAAUAAGCCUUGAUACACUUGUGGAUUUUGCAUUGGCACAAGGAUCCCAAUGGAUUUUUAUCACGCCUCAUGAUAUAAGUAUGGUGAAACAAGACGAGAGGAUAAAGAAGCAGCAGAUGCUUGCGCCACGGGGAUGAAACUUUUGCCGCCAGCGAUUUUGUGUGACUGCGUAGUAUACAUGCAUAUUAUGUAAUAUAGAACGGAGAGAACCUGACGUUUGUUGAGCAAGAGAAUUUUGUUGGCCUGUGAAUCCGAAGUUAGAUGAUUGCCUCUUAUUAUAUUUAAGAUCGCAUCUUUAUGCCAUCAAAAUUCUCUUGCUUUGAAUCAGAAGUUAGACGAGGUUUGUGGCACACAAGUGUCAAAAGCAUAUUGUAAUCUCUUUUGCCAAAAGCAUAUUGCUCUCAAAAACGUUCUUCUCAGCAAUGAAAUUUGUAACUCCAGUGUCCCUUUGU